AGCAAAUCCUGCUCUAAAAAUAGAUGCCAGUUUCAAAGCUGGCAAGAUUUCCUCUGUCGUCCCUGUCCCAUUCUGAAGAUCCACACUACCUACAGCUCUUGGAUAAGCUCACAGGUUUUUGGUUUUGGUUUUCCCUCUAUCCGUCAGACUCUUGAGACCCGAUGUCUUCAAUGGCUCUGAAAUCUGGGAAGAUAAGUGCUUACACAGCAGUCAAAGUAGACCCUGAUGGGGACUAUUGUACCCCUGGAGCAUUUGACCUGGAGAGACUCUUCUGGAAAGGCAGCCCGAAGUAUACCCAUGUUAAUGAAGUCUGGCCCAACCUCUACAUAGGAGAUGAGAAAACAGCACUUGAUCGUUACAGCCUUGAGAAAGCGGCCUUCACCCAUAUCCUCAAUGCAGCCCACGGCCGGUGGAAUGUCGAUACAGGACCAGAGUACUACAGGGACAUGGCCAUCGAGUACCACGGGGUGGAGGCAGAUGAUCUCCCCAGCUUCAAUCUUAGCCAGUUCUUUUACUCUGCUGCUGAGUUCGUCAAUAAAGCACUCCAGAAGGAGACAAACAAGAUUUUAGUCCAUUGUGCCAUGGGCCGCAGCCGCUCAGCUGCCUUAGUCUUGGCUUAUCUGAUGAUUUACAAGAACAUGACAGUGGUGGAUGCCAUCGAUCACGUGCUCAAGCACAGGUGCAUUCUCCCAAAUCGUGGCUUCCUGAAACAGCUCAGAGAACUGGACAUAAAGCUGGCCCUGGAGAGGAGAAAUGCCACAAAUGGAAUGGACUCUAACCGAGAGGCCAGCACAGACACGGAGAUCUAACAUCCCCUAUUUUCUAGAAAACAAGUAGUUUAAAAAAGAAUUGGGAAAACUUGAAAUAAUUAUGCCAAGAGAAUCAUUUGUUACUAAGUAAAGCUGGGGGCAGGGGGGGGGGAGUCAUAGCACUUCAGAUGCCUUAAUUGUAUUUUCACACAAAAAAUACACUGAUAUAGGAGGAGGACUUUGAAGCAACCUUAACAGGGAACCUGAAUGGCUUUUUCAUGCUGUUUUCAGAGCUUUCUUUUACAGAGGAGGGGGCUGGUGAUGAAACCUGGUGACCUUGCAUUCAGUCACCCAAAGAGUCAAUCUACAGUGCACAGACAGAAAGAACUAACUGGGGGUUUACAGAGACUGGCUGUUGGAAACUAAGUGGUCAUAUUUUAAUUUUGUGGGUUUGGAGGCUUUACUGCAUUUUUAUGCACAGACACAUACACACACAAUACAUUGGUAGGGUUGAAGAGCUGAUUUAGAUGGAUCUAAUUGGGUCAUCUGUCUCCUAGCUGGAUUUCUUUCUCAUCUCACCCUCAGAAACAAUAUGGGACUAUUUUGAAUUUGCAUAGAUCAAAAUGAGCAUGUGCAAGUUGGCAAUGAUCACUUUUUCCUUUGUGGGAAAAGGCUUUUAAGCCUUCUGGCAUAUCCCUUUCUCUCUGCAUUGCCAGGUUUGCAUAUAUCUUAACAUCAAACUAGGAGCUUAAUGGGCUAUGGCUGUAUUGUCUGACUUCAUCUGUUUAAGGACCAGUCAGUAGGCAAGUCCACCAUCACAAGUUUGAAUUCAACUGUUCACCCAAGUCUUCAUGCUAACUGGGCCUCUACCCCAACAGGGACAUAGGAGAGUGCAAUCUCUUCUUUCAAGAAGCACUUUGGGCAUGAUGAAGGUGUUGCCACAAUGUCCUCUCUCUCCAGAGUACCAGUUUAUAGACCAGUGCAAAGACAGUACAUCCAUCUAUUGCCUUCAAAGUGGUAACAGGAAUAGAUGCAUAGUUGAAGAAGCCAAGAAGGCCUAAGUGCAUGUGUUGAAGUCACAUACACAACUGUUAAGUGUGGAUGACUUCAACUCUGUUUCUGCUAGACAGUGUGUAUACUGUGUGGCAAAGUGGCUGCUGGUAACACUAACACCAGCAACACACAUUCCAGGUAUUGUUACUAUUUCUAACCACUCCUCUAACUCUCAGCCUUCAGUGAAGCAUCUAGAUCAGUGGCAGCCAAUGUAGUGUCCUCCAGAUGAUGCUGAACUCAUAAGAACAGAAGAAAGGCCUGCUGCAUCAGGCCGAUGACCCAUCUAGUCCAGUGUCCUGUUCUCACAGUGGCCAACCAGUUGCCCAUAGGAAGCCCAUAAACCUGAGCACAAGAGUUCUCUUCCCUUCUGCAGUUUCCAGCAACUGUUAUCCAGAAGCAUACUGCUUCCAACUGUGGAGGGAGAGCAUACCUAUAAUGGCUAGUAGCCUUAUCCUUAUAAGGCUAUCAAUGGCUACUACCCUCAAACCUCCAUCAGCCCCAGCCAGUAUGACCAAUGCUCAGAGAUGAUUAGAGUUUUAGUCAAACAAUAUCCAGAGGGUACCAUUUUGGCUAACCCUGAUUCAGACAAAACCAUCUGGGCAACCACUGCUCCAGAGGUCUUAUCUAACCAUAUGCAGGGUUGGCAGUUUCACACAAAAUAAAUCCAGAAUAUCAGCAUAUCCCAGCACUCAAAACAGCUUCUUCUAAAUCCAAGCUCAACAUCCUCUGAAGGGUUUGCGACAGCUAGGAUAAAGCCCAGUCUCUUUCACUCUUAUCCCACUUCUUCAGGAAGAGCUUCCCACAUCAUACCAAGGCUUUUUCUCCCUUGUGACCUUUAGUCACUGAUCACCCUCCUUCCCUUCUGCUAAUUUAGAGAGAGAGAGAGAAUGUAUAUUUAUUUUUAAACAUGUUUUAUAUGUACCAUGUAUUCUGACCUGGCUAUGCUGGAAAGAAUAGGAAUAUUGCUAUUGACACAAAAUGUAUUUGUUACCUGCAUCAAAAGUCUACUCUCUCUCUCUAUAUAUAUAUAUAUCCAGAUCUCAGUUAGAUCCGGUGCUGCCUGAAGCACUGUGAACUCAUAAUAGUGAGUUGCAUAAUCAUGAUGGAUGGGAAAGCCAGCCCAGCUGGUCAUUCAGAGGUCCUCUAGGAUGCAGUGACCUUCCCAACAGGUAUGUUGCAGAAUGCUUUGUGUAUGUGAACAGAGUCUUCAUUUUUUUCUCAGUGUGUACAACUCUUUCUGCACCACAAAUAUUUCAGGCCCUCUUUAAAAGCUGUUCAUGUCCUUUACAGGGCUUUACAUUGGUGUGUAUUAAUCAAAAAGUACUAAACUGUGCUUCAGUGCUAUUUAACUGUCAGCAGGCUGAGCAAUUCAUUUACUCCAUUGUAAAUGCUUGUACAAGGGCAGGAAAAUGAGGGACCUUUAACAGGUGGCUGCGAACAUGGGCACUACCUGUAUUCAUGAUGUUCCACACUUUUCAGUGACCUUUCAUUCUGGGAUAUUAUUAUAGGUGGAAACAUCAAUUUCCCUCUUCUGUAAAUGAAGUAAGUCCAGUUGAUAGUAAAGGACCUAUCUGUGCAAUAUAAGGGCCCUGUGCUGGUAGCAACGGGGAUAACGCAGGAUAUUACGAAGGCUCACAUCAAGGCCAUGGGAUAUAGCCAAUAAAAUGGAGUUAAAAAAGAA